GCCGGAGCCGGAGCCACGGCGGUUGGAGCGGGCGGCGCGUGUCCGCAUUUACCGGCAUCAUCAUGGUGAAGGAGCAGUUCAGGGAGACAGAUGUGGCCAAGAAAAUAAGCCACAUCUGUUUUGGGAUGAAGUCUGCAGAACAGAUGCGGCAGCAAGCGCACAUCCAGGUAGUCAGCAAAAACCUGUAUAGUCAGGAUAACAGCCAUACUCCUUUGUCACAUGGUGUACUGGACCAUCGCAUGGGAACUAGUGAGAAAGAUCGCCCAUGUGAAACAUGUGGGAAGAAUCUGGCUGAUUGCAUUGGACACUAUGGUUACAUCGAUUUGGAGCUGCCAUGUUUCCAUGUUGGUUAUUUUAAAGCAAUUAUUGGAAUCUUGCAGAUGAUCUGUAAAACAUGUUCUCACAUCAUGCUGUCUCAAGAAGAAAAGAAGCUGUUUCUAGAUACAUUGAAACGACCUGGUUUAACUUAUCUUCAGAAGCGAGGCCUAAAAAAGAAAGUCUCUGAAAAAUGUAGGAAAAAGACCUUCUGUCAAUGUUGUGGAUCCUUCAAUGGUCCUGUGAAAAAAUGUGGCUUAUUGAAAAUUAUUCACGAAAAGUACAAGACAAAUAAGAAAGUGAUGGAUCCUGUGGUAUCAGAUUUUCUACAGUCUUUUGAUAUAGCCAUAGAACAUAACAAAGAGGUGGAGGCAUUGCUUGGAAGAGCUCAAGAGAAUUUAAACCCUCUUGUGGUGUUAAACAUAUUUAAAAGAAUUCCCUCAGAAGAUAUCCCAUUGCUUCUUAUGAACCUGGAAGCAGGGAAGCCUGCAGACUUAGUCCUUACUCGAUUAUUGGUUCCUCCACUUUGUAUCAGGCCUUCAGUGGUCAGUGACCUGAAAUCGGGGACUAAUGAAGAUGAUCUAACCAUGAAGCUGACAGAAAUUAUCUUCCUAAAUGAUGUGAUUAAAAAGCAUCGAAUGUCUGGAGCAAAGACACAGAUGAUCAUGGAAGACUGGGACUUCCUACAAUUACAAUGUGCACUUUACAUCAAUAGUGAGCUUUCUGGCAUUCCUCUCAAUAUGGCACCCAAGAAAUGGACCAGGGGUUUUGUGCAGAGGCUGAAAGGAAAACAGGGUCGAUUUCGAGGAAACUUGUCAGGAAAAAGAGUGGAUUUUUCCAGCAGAACUGUAAUCUCUCCUGAUCCUAAUCUGCGUAUCGACGAAGUAGCGGUUCCAGUGCAUGUGGCAAAAAUCCUGACGUAUCCCGAAAGGGUCACAAAAGCCAACCUGGAAUUCAUGAGGAAACUUGUACGCAAUGGACCUGAAGUACACCCUGGAGCUAACUUCAUUCAGCAGCGGCACACAAAUCUGAAGAGGUUUCUAAGAUAUGGAAAUAGGGAAAAGAUGGCACAGGAACUGAAAUAUGGUGACAUUGUGGAACGACAUCUAAUUGAUGGUGAUAUAGUGCUGUUCAAUAGACAACCGUCCCUGCACAAACUCAGCAUCAUGGCCCAUAUAGCCAAGGUGAAACCACACAGAACAUUCCGGUUCAAUGAGUGUGUCUGUACACCGUAUAAUGCAGAUUUUGAUGGUGAUGAAAUGAAUCUUCAUCUUCCUCAAACUGAGGAAGCCAAGGCUGAAGCACUUGUUCUGAUGGGGACAAAAGCCAAUUUGGUAACUCCUAGAAAUGGGGAACCACUAAUUGCUGCAAUCCAGGAUUUUUUAACAGGUGCCUAUCUGCUUACCAGGAAAGACACUUUCUUUGACAGAGCAAAGACAUGUCAGAUCGUUGCCUCCAUUCUUUCAGGCAAAGAUGAGCGAAUCAAAAUUAGUCUUCCACCUCCUGCAAUCCGGAAGCCGGUGACGCUAUGGACAGGGAAGCAAAUUUUUAGCCUCAUUCUGAAACCAAACAAGGACUGUCCUAUUAAUGCAAACCUGCGUACCAAGGGCAAGCAGUACUGUGGAAAAGACGAAGACCUCUGUUACAAUGACUCCUUCGUUGUAAUCCAGAACAGUGAGCUGAUGUCUGGGAGUUUGGAUAAAGGAACUCUAGGGUCAGGUUCCAAGAACAACAUCUUCUACAUCCUGCUGAGAGACUGGGGGCAGGUGGCGGCUGCAGAUGCUAUGUCACGUCUUGCUCGACUGGCUCCUGUCUAUCUAUCCAAUCGAGGAUUUUCUAUUGGUAUUGGUGAUGUAACACCAGGUAAGGGGCUAUUAAAAGCCAAACAGGAACUACUUGAUGCUGGCUAUAAGAAGUGUGAUGAAUUCAUUGAAGCACUCAACACGGGCAAACUUCAACAACAACCUGGAUGUACAGCAGAAGAAACAUUAGAAGCCUUGAUCCUUAAGGAGCUCUCUGUAAUUAGAGACCAUGCUGGCAGUGCGUGCCUUAGAGAGCUGGACAAGAGCAACAGCCCCCUCAUUAUGGCCGUUUGUGGUUCAAAAGGGUCUUUCAUCAACAUCUCCCAGAUGAUUGCAUGUGUAGGACAGCAGGCGAUUAGUGGAUCCCGUGUUCCUGAUGGUUUUGAAAACAGAUCUCUACCUCACUUUGAAAAGCAUUCUAAGCUUCCAGCAGCAAAGGGUUUUGUAGCCGACAGUUUCUAUUCUGGUUUAACUCCGACAGAGUUUAUCUUCCAUACCAUGGCUGGCCGUGAGGGCCUAGUGGAUACUGCUGUCAAGACAGCAGAAACUGGAUACAUGCAGAGGCGCCUGGUUAAAUCUUUGGAGGAUCUCUGCACACAGUAUGACUUAACUGUUCGCAGCUCAACCGGUGACAUUAUCCAGUUUAUCUAUGGUGGAGAUGGCUUAGAUCCAGCAGCUAUGGAAGGCAAAGAUGAACCUUUAGAAUUUAAGCGGGUUCUGGAUAAUAUUCGGGCCAUUUACCCGUGUCACAGUGAACCAGCUCUGAGUAAGAAUGAAGUGGUUGUAGCUGCUGAGGCAAUUAUGAAGAGAAGCGAGUUUCUAUGUUGUCAAAAUGAAUAUCUGCAGGCAAUCAGAAAUUUUAUCAAGGAUUUUUCUGAUAAGAUUAAGAAAACUAGAGACAAAUACGGCAUUAAUGACAAUGGAACUACUGAGCCUCGAGUUCUAUAUCAGUUGGACCGAAUUACUCCAACGCAAGUAGACAAAUUUCUAGAAACCUGUAGGGACAAGUACAUGAGAGCGCAGAUGGAGCCAGGUUCUGCUGUUGGUGCCUUGUGUGCACAGAGUAUAGGAGAGCCAGGCACACAGAUGACCUUGAAGACUUUCCACUUUGCUGGUGUAGCUUCCAUGAAUAUUACCCUGGGUGUACCCAGAAUAAAAGAAAUUAUUAAUGCAUCAAAAUCUAUAAGCACCCCAAUUAUUACAGCACAUCUUGAUCAGGAUGAUGAUGCUGACUUUGCUCGACUGGUAAAAGGAAGAAUUGAAAAGACCCUGCUAGGAGAAAUUUCAGAAUAUAUUGAAGAAGUUUUCCUGCCCGAUGACUGCUUCAUUCUCAUCAAGCUUUCCCUGGAAAGAAUCAGACUCCUCAGACUAGAGGUGAAUGCAGAAACUGUGAGGUACUCUAUCUGCACCUCAAAACUACGAGUGAAACCAGGCGAUGUUGCAGUUCAUGGUGAAGCAGUCGUGUGUGUCACGCCGCGAGAAAAUAGCAAAAGUUCAAUGUAUUAUGUUCUUCAAUAUCUGAAAGAGGAGCUGCCAAAGAUUGUUGUACAGGGUAUUCCAGAAGUCUCCAGGGCUGUUAUUCAUAUUGAUGAGCAAGGUGGAAAAGAGAAGUACAAGCUGUUAGUGGAAGGUGACAAUUUGCGUGCUGUCAUGGCAACUCAUGGAGUCAAAGGAACACACACAACAUCAAAUAAUACAUAUGAGGUAGAGAAGACAUUGGGUAUUGAAGGCGCUCGAUCCACCAUCAUCCAUGAGAUCCAAUAUACAAUGAAAAAUCACGGGAUGAGCAUCGACAGGAGACAUGUUAUGCUUUUGUCAGACCUGAUGACGUACAAGGGUGAAGUAUUGGGAAUAACCCGGUUUGGCUUGGCAAAAAUGAAGGAAAGUGUUCUGAUGUUGGCCUCGUUUGAGAAAACUGCAGAUCAUCUGUUUGAUGCUGCAUACUUUGGGCAGAAGGACUCAGUCUGUGGUGUGUCGGAGUGCAUUAUCAUGGGAAUUCCAAUGAACAUAGGAACAGGACUUUUCAAACUUCUUCACAAAGCUGACAAGGACCCAGACCCGCCAAAGAGACCAUUGAUAUUUGAUAGUACUGAAUUUCAUAUCCCAGUAGUUACGUAGCAGGAAACGCGUGGACCAUAGAAUCUUAUUUGGUGUGAUAGGGUGAUGGCAUUCUGUCAGUUUUGUUUCACAAGAAGGCUUGGAAUUUCCUGCAGCUGUUGGUUUAUCAAGAGUACACACCAAACACUUGGGAACUGCCUAACAAUGAACAUCAUGCAACACAAAAAUUGUUGCGGUACAAAAAAGAGACUUGGUGAAAGGAUGUAUUUUGAGUGGCUGCUAAAACAUACUACUUCAGUGAGAAAAACAUUUUUUUUUAAAUCAUGACCAUGGCUUUCCCAUGGGCGUGAGAGUUUGUUACUGGUAUUUAUAAGUUUAAAUGUUCAGAUUAUCAAAGAUUGAAAAUAACACUUGAUUGGACUGAGAAGAUUGAAUUAGUAAAUGGGCAUAACUGUAUUCUAUUUUAGGUUUCUACGGUUGAAAUUUGGGCAGAUUAUGAUGCUAACUGACCGUUACUUUUUGUGGAAUUCAUCAAGAUUAACAUUAUAAUGUAAUUAUGUUAUGAAUAUGUUAUCACCAAUCAGUAUCGUUACUGCACUGAAAUGUCAGCACAUGCAACUUAACCUUUACUUUGACUGGGUGUAGCCAGAUUUUAAAGGAGCAUUGGGGAAGUGCUGGUCAUAUAGCGAGGUCAUGCUGUUCAUGCGAAUAAAGGCAUUCUGUUUUUUUUUAAACAUCA